AUGCACGCAGUUGCGUCACAGCUUUUUGGCAAAACCACUGUUGGUGGCAGCUGUUGCGACCCUGCCGCUGCAGCUAUGGUGCUCCUGCUUUGCCUUGGCUUCCUUCCAACUGUGGCCACUUGCCCACCCUACUGUCUUUGUGCGAGUGACAUCAUUUCCUGCAGCGGGCGCAAUCUUUCCAUGCUGCACUUUGAUCUUCCAAGCUAUGCCACAAGGUUGGACCUGAGCCACAACACCAUCAGAUCCCUGCGUGUGGAUUGGGUUUCGCAGCCGUUUCACCGGCUAACUACACUGGUUCUUAGUAGGAACUCAAUAAGCCAAAUCGAGGUGGCUGCCUUCACUGUGACUCCACAUCUCCUCCAUCUGGACCUCUCAUCCAACCAACUGACAGUGCUAAAUUCAUCUAUUUUCACUGGGUUGAAAGAACUGAAAGAGCUGCUACUGAUUGGAAACCAGAUUGGCGAUAUAAACCCUGGAACCUUUAGAGAGCUCAACAAUCUGCAGAGGCUCUACCUCUCUGCCAACAGACUGACUGCUUUCCCCCUGGGGCUUUAUGAGGAACCCAGAGCACCUCAUAACCUGACCUUCCUGGACUUGACAUACAAUAGGCUAACCAAGGUGCCUGUCCAGAGCCUGUUGUCUGUCACCCAUCGAGCAAGUGUUUAUUUACAGGGAAACCCUUUGCUCUGUGACUGUGCAUUGCUUGCCUUGCUGGAAUAUUGGAUGUGGAAACAGUAUCACCCUCUUGUGGACUUCAGAGGUGAAUAUCCAUGUAGAGACAAUUCCGAAGUUAAUUGUACACAUGAAGGCGUGACAAACUUUGAGGCACAGAACUUUCAAGUAGACCCUGGUGAAGGGUUAAGAGUGCCGUGUCCAGGUUUGACUUUGCCUGUUCAGGAGGGAUUGGUGGUAUUCUGGGUUACCCCCAGAAUGAUAAUGAAUUCAUCAGAUAGUGAUUCGAGUGCCCAUCUGUCAGUUCUUCCCAAUGGUACCCUUGAAAUCCAAGAAGCAGUAAUGGAAGAUUCUGGUACAUACGGGUGUGUGGUGUCCCGUGGGCAUUACUACAAACCCAGUGAAUCUCCAGAAGUCAGAGUGUUGGUUGGAAACAUGAGUGCUUCCUCCACUACUGAUUUGGCUCACCGAAGCAACGGGGAACAUUUUAACACUGCAUUUACCACCCUCGCUUCCUGUGUGGUCAGCAUCGUGCUGGUUCUGCUUUAUCUCUACCUCACACCCUGUCAGUGUCGAGGAAACAGGGGUGGUUCCAGAGGGUGUGGCGGACGAGCCAUUAUUCUCUGUUCAGACCCUGAGGAGGUAGAGACAGGACAGAGGAGGUCAAAUGGAAAAAGGGUGGCCUUCUUAGAGCCUCAGCCUGAGAACUCUCAUAUGAGUGUCCCAAAAACCCCAGUAAUGAACUUGGACUUUGUUUCCACAGAGGGAAUUCUAAAGAAUGGAACUAGGACAGUGGGUCAGACCUUUACAGAGCCUGCUCUCAUGGUGUAA